AUGUACCUAAUGGGGCUGCUGGUCUUGCUGCCAUUGCUGUUACCACCAUUAUCUCUCCAACAACAGGACUUCUUGGAGAACAAGGUUGCCAUGGGCCAAAUGAUCCUUCCUGCCCUGGAGAAAGCCACCUCAUUCAUGGAGAAGAGAUUCAGGGAGCUUAACCUGGAUGGAGUGCUGGGAUUCUGGGUACAGGAAGUGCAGCUGCAAGGUGUCUUGGAGAAAUGGGCCCAGGAUCCUGCCCUGAAGCCCCUCAGCCUGAGGGUAGAGAAGAUAGUGAAGAAGUUGUUACCACUCAUUGCCAGGGCCACAGUCUACCUCAAGCUCAGUGACUCUAAGUACUUAAAAGAAUUCCAAGAGACUCUACAGCCAGGAUUUUGGAAACUCCCUCAUUCAUGGGGUCACACCAACUCCUCCAUGGUCUACUCCAAGUUUGACUACUCAGAUUCUUUCUCAGAAGAAUUAAGUGAUUCAUGCAUGACGCUCUUACUAGGAACCAAGAAGGAGGGCUUGCAGUCCUGCACUGUCACUGACCUCUGCAGGGAAGUCAUGACCAAGCCUGGCUGCAUAGGCUAUGCACUGUCACACCAGCUCCUCUAUUUCCUGUUUGCCAAAAUGAAAGGAUGCUCAGAUGGCCUGUUUCUCCAGUCCAAAUACUACAUAGAUAUUUUUUGCGCUAACAUGAUGGAACUGAACUUGAAAACUGAAGAAGUUGGAUUCCCACUUCCCAAUAGAGAUAUCUUCAUGGAAAAUAUCAUGUUCUGUGGACUUUCUGGCUACUCAGAUUUCUACAAGCCUAGAUGGCUACAGACUAUUCUCACCUGGCAGCGACCUAAGGAGGGCUGCUUUGGGAAGCCUUAUGACAAUAUAAACCAAUUAUAUAGAGUUGGUGAAGACCAACAACAAUCAUUGAGAAGAGUUAAGAGGAGAGAGAAAGGAUUUGCAGAUGGGUGUUCUUCCCACAAUACAGCUGUGGCAGUUGCAGCCUUGGGUGGCUUCCUUUAUCACUCUGCAGAACAUUCACCAACCACCAUCAAACCUCAUUAAUGCUUCCCAACAAUCAAACAGCAACUCAAAGGGAUGAUUCUAUACGUGCUGAAAAUGAAACAUACUCUUUUUGGUAAUGCAUUGUGGGGGCUAGAUUGGAAUGGGUUAACAAAAUAUAGCAUGAUUACUCUACCUGAGCAAUAACCUUGGGGUCACCAGUUGGAAAACUGACAACAUGACUUCAAGGUUGUAGACAGGAUAGAGUAACAUACAUAUAAAUCAAAUAGAAUGCACUAACAAUGUAUUUCAGUUAAAACUAGCCAUUCUCCAUAAAAAAUGUUUUUUCCUGUAUUCAUCAUUGUGAAAGUUCUAAUGUUACACUGUUUGUUCCACUAGAUGGACAC